AUGAAAGAUGCGCAACCGCCUUGCACCCGCUGCAAGAAGCGUGGGCUGCCGUGCACCGUCAAUCGCAGCCUGCAGAUGCUGCUCGAGAAUGACAAUGUUUGGAAAGGCAAAAUGGAACGGAGAAUCGACCGCAUAGAGGCCGUUCUCCGCACCAGCGCUGCUGGCGACGCCAACGCUGCCGAGAUCCUGCAGCUGCUGGAUGCCGAUGCGGACAGCCCCGACGACACCACCAUGGCCGUGGACGCGGCCGACGACACGGCCCUCGCGUCCGAAGACCCCGAGCGGCGCACCGCACCGCCCGAGGCCCUCAAAGAAGCCAACCCCACCGGCAACAACUGGAGCAUCGUCAUGGACCUCGAGUCGAGCCCAGGCUCCCUCCCGGGCUUCUACAUCUCCCAGGGCGAGUCGCAGCCGCGUCCCGCCCACCGCAGCGACGACAUCAUCUCGCGCGGCAUCAUCACGCCCGACGCCGCCCAGCGCUACUUUGACGCGUACCAGACCCGGCUCGACCACUUCCCCUACCGGAUCCUCGGCGACGGCGGCGCCCAGCGGACGCUCGCCGAUGCGCGCGCCUCCUCGCCGCUGCUCGUCGCCGCCGUGUCCACGGUGGGCGCGCUGCACCUCGCCUCGGCCGACUACCAGGCGUGCUGCGCCGCGUUCCUCUCGCAGUGCGCGUCGCAGACCUUCUCGCGGGACGUGUGCGUCGACGACAUCCGCGCGCUCUGCAUCGGCGCCUUUUGGCUCGGCGAGGUGGCCUGGACGCUCGUCGGCACCGCCGUGCGCAUGGCCACGGAGCUGCACCUGCACAAGAGCUUCUUCAAGGCGCUGCGCGGCGACAAGCAGGCCUACCUCCACGCCCGCCUGUACUACCUCGUGUACAUUUGCGACCACCACUUCAGCAUCCCGUUUGGCCGCCCGCCGCUGACGCGCCAGUGCGAGGCCGUCCGCAGCGUGCGCCGCUUCCUCGACCUCCCGCACACGACCGAGGACACGGCGCGCCUCGUCAGCCACGUCCUGCGCUGGACCGUGCUCUCCGACGCCGUCGACUCGUUUGGCGUCGACGUCAACCAGCCGCUCGCCAACGCGGACCUGCCCGCCCUCCGCCGGUACAACAUCGCCAUGGACACGCUGCGCGCCGAGUGGAUGGAGCGCUUCGCACCGAACCCGCACAUUGGCAACUACCCCCGCAAGGGCGUCGCGCUGCAGUACCACUUCUCCAAGCUGUACCUGUGCUCGCACGCCUUCCGCGGCAGCGCCACCCGCGCCGCGCGCAUGCAGACCCAGUCGCCCGACGUCAUGCUGGAGCUCGACGACAUUGCCAACGGCGCCGUGCGCUCCGCCAUGGCCAUCCUGCGCUCCGUCAACGCCGACGAGGAGCUGCAGUCCUUCUUCGACGGCCUGCCCAUCUACUUUGGCACCAUGCUCGCCUUCUCCGUCGUCUUCCUGCUCAAGGUCUCGGCCAAGUACUUUGGCUUCGUCCAGGUCGACGCCCGCGAGAUCCGCCCCCUCAUUGCCGAGACGGUCGCCGCGCUCGAAAAGGUCACGGCCAAGAUGCACAGGCGCCAUCUGCUCGUGAGCAUGACAAAGGGCAUGCGCGGGCUGGUGCAGAAGAUGAAGCUCCAGGACGCCCCGGAACCGGUUGCUGUGUCUGGGGUUGACGCGGCCGAUGCGCAGCCGGCGCUGCAGGAUCCGACGCUGAGCUUGCCGGCCGAGGAGAAUGAUGUCAUGAGCAUGUUUGGGGAGCCGGCGAGUAACUUUUUCAUGGGCACCUAUGACUUUCUCAUCGACCAAGCAGACCUUUCCGAGUUUCUUUAA